AUGUAUACGAUUGUGGUGAUAAAAGAAAUUGGAAACAUUGGCAUCAAAAACAGAUUCAUUGGAUUUCGGCGAGGUACGGGCAGUACUGGUAGGUCAAAUGUUUAUGGCGGCAGUGAUAAGAAAUUCGGUCAAAAUGACUUUCAUUGGUUAGCUGAAAAUAAAAAAAGGAAGAGAAAUGUUACUGAGGCGAUGGGUGCACUGUCGCGUUUUUGUUUGCCGCCUGGACCUGAAACAAAGCAAAGUUUUGUUUCCAUAAUUUUUUGGAGUAAAAUUUGCAACUUCACCGGGCAAGCUGACGUCGCCGUCUGCGAUUUUUUUCAGCGUGCUAAAGAUAUCCUUGGGGAAACCAGUGCUUUUAAUUCCAGCCAUAUUAAUUUUGCUAAACUUGCGGUCUGGGUGUCCAGAAGAGAUGUAGAUGCCAACCUCAAGUUUAAUUGUAAUGAGAGUGGCAGUAGCAUUGCUGAUUUGACAAAUUCACUAAUGUCAGAUGUACUGGGUGGUGACUCAGCGGCGACAAAGUCAGUAGGAGAAUUUGUUUUUAGGUGGUGGCCAAUUUCUUGUAAUAGUUUAGUAGCGCUCUCGCAAGAUGAUGCAGCUGUUGCCUCAGGAUUAGCAGCAAUUGCAGAAGGUAUUUCGGAUAUGGAUGACCCCGAAUUCAGUUCGGUAGCAGAAAGUAUAUUUCACUGUGAGGAAGAUAACGAAGCUAAGCUAUAUUACUCCGUAUUAGAAAAUACUAGUAUCUUGAAAAUUACUUCAGGGAGAAAAUGUGACGGAUUUAAACCUAAUGCAGAGUGA